AGGUCAUUCACUCACGACGAGGGGAAAACAGCACCCCCUACUGCUCUAAUAACUGAUCUCUCACACUUGGCUCAUUGCUCAUCCCCUCCUCCCCAUGGAGGUGGAUAUCUCCCCCCAAGGCGGAGCCCGCCCGGCGACUCCGCGCCUGGGUGAAAACUCUGACCCCCCCUCAGGACCUACCACCCCGACUCCCCUACCCUGGAACUCCCUGAAGAGAAGGGCCUUAUUUUCACUGCAGAAGACUCCCAAUGCAGCUCCUGCUGCUAUACCUUAUAUACCACAAGCCCUAUUAAUCUGUGAUCAGCUGAAGCAGUCAAAUAAGACUGACUACUACAUCUUCCUCUGCCUCCCAGCCUCCUCCAGCCUCCAGGCUAUUAGACCACAUGGCAUCCAGGUCACCCUUGCUGGGAAGGUUCUGGACAUGAUCACACAGAACAGGGAAAGGCUUUCCUACUGUCAGAGAAGACAGCAAGCCUAG